AUGUUGACAUAUAUGGACUUAGUCCAGCAAUGCUUUUACUCUAAGACAGGCUGGAGCUGGGACAACACUUAUGAGCAUAUACUAUCUACUCCAAACAAUUUAUUGAACUUUCCAAUUCCAAAUGGGUUCAACGUUUUUGUCUCAAGCAGGAACACAGACUUCAACUUUAGCUCCAUUAGCAUCUCUCAAGUUGAUAGACUAUCCGGAUCUCUGUCUUAUCUUAGUUCAUCAGUUAAUUUGGACGAACAUUACAGAAACUCGAAAGCCUUACCUAUAAACAGUGUUGUUCAAGGUUACCGAGACUUAGAUUCUAGGGAUAUAAAAGGAAAUAUCUAUACAGAGAAACCAUUUAUGAUUUACGGAAAGAUGUAUUUUCCAUCUAAGCUUUUAGAAGGUAUGAUAAUAAAAAGAUUCAGGCCUGAUUUGCAGCUGAUUGUCAAAUUCAUCAAUACACCGAAGUUGAACAAGUUGACAAACCCAACAACAAUAUUCACCAUUUAUUUACAACGACAAACGGAGAAUAGCUCCCAUGAUUUUAUCUACUCAACCAGGGAACAUCUAUUUGGAUUCAGAUGUUUGUAUCAUUUUGAUAUUUUGAAUUCUAGCCCAAAGUUGAGUGUUGUAGGUACACCAUACUCUACACAGACGGAUGUGAAACCUACUGAAAACAAGUGCCCGUCAAAGUUAUCAGCCGGUUGUGAGCUAUGGUAUUCGGCAGGAUCAGUCAGUCCCGGCAUUAGUAUUGCUGCCAGAUACACUACAUAUAUUGAUACAAUGCGAUAUCUAAUUGAUAAUCUGCCUACUUAUACACCAGCCUUUAUUAACUCCAACUUCCAUCCAUACUUAAAUCCUUACAGUAACGGUAGCAAGCAGGUGAUACUUUCAAUACCUUAUGCUAUUUCGACGAUUCAUCCUCUAACGUUUACUAUGGCAAUAAACCCCUUAUUGGGUACUCUCGAGUCUACUUACGCAAUAAAGAGCGAAGCAAAGUAUACAAGGGAUACCUACCAUGGAAACAAGGAUAUUUCUUACAUGGGGAAAAUGGGGUUUGUAUUUAGUUCAAAAUACCAAUUCAACAUUUAUUCUUACGAGUCAGACUUAAUUUUGGGUGCACAACUUUUGAGAUCUAAAAUUCUUACCUGGAAUAAUAAAGAAAAGAACUUGAAAGAUGGUGACUAUAAAGAGACUCAUCUAAUCCCACAAAAUAAGGGGCUUGAACACAGCUCUGAUAUACAAGUUCCGAAACAAAAAAAUGCUCUUGAUAUAACUAAAAUCAGCCAGCAUAAUGUGGUUUACAAAGUAUCUGAGCAAGAAUUCAAUGAGAACAAUACUGCACCGGCAACGCUUGAUGAUGUGAAUAUUAUCGUUGAGGACAGAACUGAUCUACACCCCCAAAUGUCGGAAGCCGACGAAGAUUAUAUAUCAAGUCUCAAGCUGAGUGGAAGUAUAGGUAAGAAGAAUCUCCGUCUCUCGUGGGAAGGCAAAUUUCAUGAUUGGAUUGUUAGUUCUGGCGUUUCAAUGGAUAUGAAAGGGCAGUCUGCGUCUCCACGAGUUUUGAAAUACGGUAUUGAAUUCUGCUACAAUUCUUAA